AGAGUGACAUCAUUCAGCUGUUUGUUUGGGAUGUGAGGGCGGGUGUGUUUCAGUGGGGCUUUUCUCAGCUUUGUGAGGCUCCUGUCUAUAAAUACCCUGGCUUACACACUGACUGACAAACGGAGACAGCUGCAGCCAUCACCCUACCAGCCCGUUGAGACUCUUCGUGGCAAUUUGAGCCACCUCGUGAACAGUCCUGCUUGUGAGCCCACCGAUCUCAACCAGGACCAGGGAACGGAACAAAAUGGCUGCUUUGACGAUAGACCCCAUGCAGCAACCUCGGAUGUACCAACAGACUUUGCUUCAGGAUGGACUAUGUGACCUGUUGGAAAACGACAAGUUUGUGGACUGUGUCUUAAAGAUUCAGGACAAGGAGUUCCCCUGCCACCGUUUGGUCCUGGCAGCCAGCAGCCCCUUCUUCAAGGCCAUGUUCCUGUCAGAGCUGGAGGAGAGUAAAAACCGUGAGAUAGUCCUAAAAGAUGUCGACCCCAGUGUCAUGGGGAUGAUCCUGCAUUAUUUAUACACAUCUGACAUAAAUCUGACAGAGCAGAAUGUCCAGGAUAUCUUCAUGGUUGCUAACAUGUACCAGAUCCCCUCCAUCUUCUCAGUGUGUGUGUCCUAUCUUCAGGAGAAGAUGGUGCUGGGCAACUGCCUCGCCAUCUUCAGACUGGGUCUUCUCCUGGACUGUCCGAGACUCACUCUGGAAGCCAGAGACUUCAUCUGCGAACGCUUCCAGGUUGUGGUCAGGGACCCGGAGUUCUUGCAGCUCGCCCCCAGCGAGUUGGCCAUCCUCAUCACUUCAGAUGCUCUAAAUGUUGAGCAGGAGGAGCUGGUCUUUGAGUCACUGAUGGACUGGGUCAAGCACGACGAGACCAAACGGUUGAAGGACCUGCCUGAGCUUUUGCACUGUGUGAGAUUCAGGCUCAUACCUGUGGAUUACUUUAAAAAUAAAGUAGAGCGUCACCAGUACAUCCGGUUCAACCAGGAAAUCCAGAAGGAGCUGGACCUUGUAAAAGAUGCUCACAAGGGGCGUCUCCCCAAGCCCAAGAGGCUUAGCAGUGAAGGAGCAAAGGGAGGACAAGAGAGUGACGAGGAGGAGGAGGACGACGAAGGAUACCUGCCUGGGAUAUUAAACAACAACCCUCGCUUUGGCAUGUUUGAGUUAGACCUGAUACUUAUGAUCAAUACCACAGGUACUGUGGCUUAUGAACCAGCAGGAAACGAAUGCUUUGUGGUGUCCGAGUCAACAGAGAUUCCCAAAACCCACUGCAGCCUGGUGACGAAGCAGAACCAGAUAUUUGUUGUUGGAGGCCUUCUCUACAAUGAGGAGGAUAAAGAUGAACCUUUCAAGUCCUAUUUCCUACAGUUUGACCCAGUAAGUUCUGAAUGGCUGGGAAUGCCUUCACAGCCCAGCCCUCGCUGUCUGUUCGGCCUGGCGGAUGUAGAAAACUCCAUCUAUGUUGUUGGUGGAAAGGAACUCAAGGACGGAGAACACGCUCUGGACUCAGUCAUGAUCUAUGACAGACAGUCAUUUAAAUGGGGAGAGUCUGACCCCCUGCCUUAUGAAGUGUAUGGUCAUGGAACUGUAUCACACAAGGGUCUGGUCUAUGUUGUAGGGGGGAAGUCUGAGAGCAAGAAAUGCUUGAGAAGAGUCUGCGUCUACAACCCCUCGAAGUUUGAGUGGAAGGAUCUGGCUCCUCUGAAAACGGCUCGCUCUCUGUUCGGUAUCACCGUCCAUGAUGAGCAGAUCUUCGUGGCUGCGGGGGUCACCGACUCAGGCCUCACCAGCGCUGUGGAGGUUUACGACAUCACCACCAACAAGUGGUCUGAGUUUACAGAGUUCCCUCAGGAGCGCAGCUCUCUUAACCUGAUCUCCAUGGGAGGAUACCUGUAUGCUGUGGGGGGCUUCGCCAUGAUGCCCAGUGAAACCAGUGAGAACUCUGUCCCCACAGAGAUGACUGACAUCUGGAGAUACGAUGAAUCAGAACAAAGCUGGAACGGGAUUUUACGUGAGAUUUGCUACGCAGAGGGAUCCACCAUCCUCCCGGUGCGUCUCAACACUCUUCGUCUCACUAAGUUAUAACCCCACCAAGCUGCUGCUGCCGGGACUUUAAUGUUGAAUCAUCUGCACUGGAGUAAAUCAGGGAGCUCUGAGUGGACAUCAGCUCAAAACUAACUCGGGUUCAGAAUGAGUCAAGGUCAUAUCUGAACUCCAUCUCAGCAAACAAGAACAAAACAUGAGUUUUAUGUUAGUGUUUCCAACAGGGGGAGACAGACACUCAGACCUGUCUGAGCAAAGCUGAGGACAACUUAGAACAUCACACCAAAUUUAUUUGAUACAAAUCUAAAAUUCUUGCUUUGUACAUCUGUUUUUGGUACAUGGUUGUAGUAAACUUCCUUACGUAAUGCUUUAAUCGAAUGAAAAUGAUAAAUAUUGCUGUGUUCAGUGAUGAGUCCCAGUGAGUGAGCAGGAAUGAAACAGAAGCUCCAACCACAGAGCAAACAUUUAUAUCCACCUUCAUUUGUGCAAGAACAUCUUUUUUUGUCUUACUGUACACACUGAACAGAACAAAAUAUUUCUUUGAAAGGCGCACAGCGACAAAAGACAGUCAGCUUUAGAUUGACAUUAUGCAAAAAAAGCACAAGUGAGAAUUGACAAUCAGAAUGUAAACAUUGAUUUCUAGUUGACACCUGAGAACUAAAAUUAAAACCAUAAACUUUUUUACAAAUAUUUACAGCAGAACAUUAUAUACAGAAACUACGUGACAUUUAGGUUGAGGUACUUUGCUUCAUUAUAAUGUUAUUUAAUAGGAUAAUAAGAAGUAAAGAAAACAGAAAUAAAAUAAAUCCCUACGAGACUUAGCUGUCAAAGCCUGUACAUUUAAGGGCAUGGUUUCUGAUAAAUGUUUGGAUCUAAUUUUGAAUGAAACAUGAUGUCAUUUAGCUCGACGAACUAUAAUUACACAAAAAAAAAGACGUGCACGGUCACUGGUAUGCAAACAUGUCAAUGCUACACAGGAUAAAUGAUAACCACAUUCACAACAGAAGCUGCGCAGCUCUUAAUAAUCAUUAAUGAUGUUAUUUUUUUAAAUCUCAAAAGGGAUCAUGAAUGUCAGAAAUAAACUAUGUUGCUCAAAAAACAUGACUUAAAACCACAAACAUAAACUUAAACAAACUGAAGAAAAGGUUAAGGUUUCUCCUCUGGGAGCUGUAAACAGUGACCUGGUACAGUUUUUUUUUUUAACAAUCGUGAAAGUAUCUCCCUGGCUUGUGGCACAAAAACACAAAUAUUAAACAUAAAUACAAUCAAGAAACCCAUCCACGCACUCUAGUGAAUAGAAGUUACUGUUAUUUUUUAAUUUAUUUUAUAUACAGUGCUGUUUAUCUGGAGCUGAUGAGACACAUCUGGUCCAGCUGUUCUGAGACCGCGCACUUAAAUAAAACUAAAAGCCUCUGCUAUCCGAGCUAAAGUUAACGAGCCAAAGCUGUGGUCUCUCUCCUCUGGAAUGUUAUCCAGCAGUAAUUCAACAAAGUAUAAAACUGUCACAUACAGGAUAGGAACAUCCUGUAUGUUGGUUACAAUAUGGACUCCUCCUCAGUGGCUACUGUCCAGAACAGCCUGAUGUCCACACCAUUCAUCCACCAUGCAGCAUCGGACCACCAGGUUAUAGUGAUUGGACUUUUUCCUUGUAAUAAAUAAUAAAAACUUCUCGGACACAG